AUGUGUACAUAUAGACCGCUAAUUGUCUUAUAUAAUCUAACGCGUUUUCCGCCCUCGUCUCUGCAGGACCUCUCUGGCUCCAUCGAUGACUUGCCCACGGGGACGGAGGCCGCCUUGAGCCCGGGCGUCAGCACCUCAGGGGUAUCCAGCAGCCAGGGCGAGCAGAGCAACCCGGCCCAGUCGCCCUUCUCCCCCCACACCCCGCCCCACCUGCCGGGCAUACGCGGGCCCUCGCCCUCACCCGUCGGCUCCCCCGCGAGCGUCACCCCGUCUCGCAGCGGCCCGCUGUCCCCCGCUGCUGUGCCAGGUAAUCAGAUGCCACCCCGGCCCCCCAGCGUCCAGUCGGACAGUCUCAUGCACUCUUCCAUGAAUCAGUCAGCCAUGGGCCAGGACAGGGUGUACAUGCGCAACCCUCAGAUGCCUCCGUACGGGUCCCCUGGACAACCUGGCUCCGCCUUAUCUCCACGCCAGUCUUCAGGAGGCCAAAUGCAUGGCGGGAUGGGACCCUAUCCCCAGAAUAAUGCCAUGGGAAACUACGGCCCUCAGGGGGCGCAGUAUGGCCCACAAGGUUAUCCCAGGCAGCCGGGAUACACGGGGAUGCCCAACGCCAACUACCCCAGCGGCCCUGGCAUGGGCGGCUCCAUGAACCCCAUGCCUGGCCAGGCCAGCGGGGCUCCAUAUGGAAGCAUGCCGCCUGGCAGGAUAGGUCCCGGGCAAAUAGGGGCCCGGCCCUACGGGCCCGGCAUGGCCGCUAACAUGAGCGGCAUGCCCCCGCAGGUGGGGUCGGGCAUGUGCCCCCCUCCAGGCAUGAACAGGAAGGACGGCGGCCCCUCCAUGCACCACGGACCGGCAAACUCGAUACACAACAGGCCACCAGGCUAUCCUAACAUGUCCCCAGGCAUGAUGGGAGCAGGCUCUCCGUAUGGCCCAGGCAUGAACAGCAUCCACGGAGUGAUGAACCAGGGAGGCCCAGGGCCUUAUCCAAUGGGUGCUAACAUGGCUAACAACACCCCCGGAAUGGCCCCUGGUGCCGAGUUUGGCAUGGAAAAAAUUAACCCAGCCCAAAAGAUGAACAACAAAGUGGACGGGACUCCCAAACCCGAAUCCAAAAAGAAGUCGAGUUCUUCCACCAUCACCAAUGAGAAGAUCACUCGGCUCUACGAGCUUGGCCCAGAGCCGGAGAGGAAGAUCUGGGUGGACCGAUACCUGGCCUUCGCUGAGGAGAAGGCCAUGGGCAUGAACAAUCUCCCUGCUGUGGGGCGCAAGCCGCUCGACCUCUUCAGGCUCUACAUAUCGGUCAAAGAGAUCGGAGGCCUCACACAGGUGAACAAAAACAAGAAGUGGCGGGAGCUGGCCACCAACCUGAACGUGGGCACAUCCAGCAGCGCGGCCAGUUCGCUGAAGAAACAGUACAUCCAGUGUCUGUACGCCUUCGAGUGCAAGAUCGAGCGCGGCGAAGACCCGCCCCCAGACUUCUUCAACACGGAUACGAAAAAGAACCAGCCGAAGAUCCAGCCACCGAGCCCAGCUGGUUCUGGAUCACUUCAAGGACCCCAGACCCCUCAGUCCACGACAAGCUCGAUGGCAGAGGGGGGAGAUCUGAAGCCCCCAACCCCAGCAUCCACCCCGCACGCACAAAUGCCUCCGAUGCCCGGCGUCAGGAGUAGCGUGAAUCUGCAGGACCCCUUUGCUGAUGGCGGAGACCCAGCCUUUUCGAGAAGGAAUGCCAUGACUCCCAACUCUCAGGGCUACCAGCCUGGGAUGAGUGGCCCAGAGAUGAUGGGUCGGAUGGGCCCUUACGAGUCCAGCAAAGACCCCUUCGGAGGCAUGAGGAAAGCUGGGGAACAGUUCAUGCCGCCAGGCCCGAACAGCGGACUGGGGGAACAGUAUAACAGAGGACCACCAGGACCAAUUGGCAACAUGCCUAUGGGCCAGAGGCAACAGUACCCGUAUGGGUACGACCGAAGACAAGAACCAGGAAUGGGCCCGGAUGGAAACAUGGGUCCUGGAGCUCCUCAGCCCAACAUGAUGCCGUCUGGUGCUGAACCUGGCAUGUACUCGCCAAGCCGUCCGCCACCACAGCAACGGCAUGAUGCAUAUCCAAAUCAAUACCCUGGCCAAGGGGCUCCCCCUGGUGGCCCUUACUCAAAUCAACAACCAGGAAUGUAUCCACAGCAGCAACCGAAUUACAAGCGCCCUGGAGAUGGCGGGUAUGGUCCACCUGCCAAGCGCCAUGAGGGAGAAAUGUAUAACCUUCCAUACAGUGGUCAGCAGCCGCCAGGGCCACAGUCUUCGGGGCACCAGGGCCAGCAGGAUAUGUAUAACCAGUACAAUGCAUAUCCUGGUGGGGAGCGCAGGCCGCCAGGGCCACAGGGCCAGUUCCCCUUCGCAUUUGGACGGGAGCGAGGACCAUCAUCCGGUGGCCCAAACUCCCAAUCGCCCAUGCCCCCUCAGAUGAUUGCAAGCCCCAUGCCUGCAGGUCCCGACGGUCCUCAGGGCCCGGUGUGGCAGGGCCGUAAUGAGAUGGGCUAUCCCAACUAUCCCAACAGACAGGGACCUCCUGUGCCAGGCCAGGGCCCGGGGUACCAUGGGAUUAACCGCUCCGACGAGAUGAUCCCAUCAGACCAACGUAUGAACCACGAGGGACAGUGGCCCGGCCACGUCAACCAGCGGCAGCCGCCUUUUGGCCCCGCGGGUUCAGGACCACCUAUGACCAGACCCUUACCAUCCACCUACCAGACUUCCCAGAACCACAUUCCUCAGGUGUCAAGCCCAGCUCCUAUGCCCCGGCCCAUGGAGAGCAGGACGUCGCCAAGCAAGUCGCCCUACAUGCAUCCGGGCAUAAAGGUCCAGAAAGCCGGACCUCCUGUCCCCGCCUCCCACAUCGGCCAAGCCCCCGUGCAGCAACCCAUGAUCCGGCGAGACGUGGCCUUCCCCUCUGGCUCUGUGGAGGCUUCUCAACCCCACCUUAAACCCCGGAGGCGACUCACCAUGAAAGACAUUGGCACUCCUGAGGCUUGGAGAGUAAUGAUGUCACUAAAGUCAGGCUUAUUAGCUGAAAGCACUUGGGCCUUGGACACCAUCAACAUCUUACUGUACGAUGACAACAGCAUCUCUACUUUUAACCUUUGUCAGCUACCUGGAUUCCUUGAGCUGGUGGUGGAGUACUUCAGACGCUGCCUCAUCGAGAUCUUUGGCAUCCUAAAGGAGUAUGAAGUAGGAGACCCCGGCCAGCGCACCCUAAUAGACCCAAACGCAGACGAGGACUCGGACGAUGAUAACCCCCUGCCCGAGGGAGAAGACAUGGACACAGACGAGGAGGAUGAGGACGACGAGGAGGUAGAGGAAACCAAGACCAGUGCUGCCGCCUCGUCUCUGGUCCACGUGAAAGAGGAGGAGGAGGAAAGCUCUCUGAGGGAUAAGUCUUCAGAGGAUGAGGAGGAAGAAAAGGAACGGGAGUCUUCUACCAAGGAGGCUAAUAGCUCUACCUCAGGGUCCUCCCAGGACCCCAACGUCCACUCGGAAAAGCCCAAGCAGGCUAGCAAGUUCGAUAAACUCCCCAUCAAAGUGGUGCGGAAGAAGAAUCCCUUCCUGGUGAACCACCUGUCGAAGCUCGGGCAGCGGCAGAGCUUCGACAGUGGCCUGAUACACUGGAGCAUCGGGGGUGGCGACACCACUGAGCACAUCCAGACCCACUUCGAGAGCCGGACGCAGCUCCUCAAGCAGCGGAAACGCACGCCGGCCGCCACCGAGGGCCGCAAGAAGGACCAGGCGCCGCGAGUCUCAACGGAGAACACAGAGAAACCCAAGUGCAGCGCGGAGGACAAGACCCGACAGCAGCCGCCGCCGUCCUCCGAGCCUCACAAGUCCCCGUCGGAGAAGAGCCCGCCCCCCGCCGCCCCCGUCGGCGCGCCGCUCACUGCCACCAUCGACGACGUCCUAUCCGCACGCCCGGGGUCCGUCACGGAGGAGGUGGUCCGCGGGGGCGCCGAGGAGCAGAAGGAGAACGGCAAGUAUCUGUUCAGCAUCAACCCGGAGCUCCAGAGCCGCCGCAACAUCAAGAUCCUGGAGGACGAGCCGCACAGCAAAGACGAGACGCCGCUCAGCACGCUGUCCGACUGGCAGGACUCGCUGGCCCGCCGCUGCGUCUGCGUCUCCAACAUCGUCCGGAGCCUCUCCUUCAUCCCGGGCAACGACCUGGAGAUGUCCAAACACCCGGGCCUCCUGCUGCUGCUCGGCCGCCUGGUGCUGCUCCACCACCGGCACCCCGAGCGGAAGCAGGCGCCGGUCACCUACGAGAAGGAGGAGGAGGAGGACGAGGGCGUGAGCUGCGAGCGGGACGAGUGGUGGUGGGACUGCCUGGAGGUGCUGAGGGAGAAUUGCUUGGUCACUCUGGCGAACAUCUCAGGCCAACUGGACCUUUCCAUCUACCCGGAGAGCAUAUGCCUCCCGCUGCUGGACGGCCUGCUCCACUGGGCGGUCUGCCCCUCGGCGGAGGCCUUGGAUCCCUUCCCCACGCUCGGGCCGCACAGCUCCCUCUCCCCCCAGAGACUGGUCCUCGAGACCCUCAGCAAGCUCAGCAUCCAGGACAACAACGUGGACCUCAUUCUGGCGACGCCGCCGUUCAGCCGCCUGGAGAAGCUCUACGGCUCGCUGGUGCGUCUGGUCGGCGAGCGCAAGGUGGCGGUCUGCCGGGAGAUGGCGGUGGUCCUGCUGGCCAACCUGGCCCAGGGCGACAGCCUGGCCGCCCGGGCCAUCGCCGUGCAGAAGGCCAGCGUGGGCAACCUGCUGGGCUUCUUAGAGGACAGCCUGGCCGCCACCCAGUACCAGCAGAGCCAGAGCUCCCUGCUGCAGAUGCAGGGCGGCCCCCAGUUCGAGCCGACCAGCGUGGACAUGAUGCGGCGGGCGGCCCGGGCGCUGCACGCCCUGGCUAAGGUGGAGGAAAACCACUCAGAGUUCACUUUGUACGAGUCGCGGCUACUAGACAUCUCGGUGUCCCCGCUAAUGAACUCUCUGGUGUCCCAAGUAAUCUGUGACGUACUGUUUCUGAUCGGCCAGUCAUGACAGCCGUUGGGGGGGGUUUCAGCUCUGCCUCUUUCCGUUCCUCCUCGACCUCCUUUUUUCCUGCGUGUGCUUGCGUUUGUGCCCGUUGCGCGUGAAUGAAGAGUAAAAAACUGACUGUCCUCUUUUUUUUUUCUUUUUUUCUUUUUUUUUUUUUUUAAUUUAUGCAAAAUCACCUCGGAUUCCACUGUCUUUCUACACCUGCUUCUCACUUAAAGAAGGAAUAUCAUGAAGUAGUUGCGGUUUGUAAACGUCUGAAAUGGAAAGAUAGCGGCAUAGAAGAGCAGAACGGGACCCAGGCAUAGACCACAGAGAGCUGCCCUGCGGAACAGACUUGUUUUGUUUUUUGUUUUUUUUGUUUUUUUUUGUUUUUGUUUUUUUAUGAAAAGAAAAAUCUUCAGAAAAAAAAAAAGAGAAAAAAAACGUAACCAAAGUUGCUGUCUCGUUUACAGUGAGUUUGGGGGAUACGUGUGCUCGCUCUCUCCCUCAGAGGGGUCGGCGGGGGAGGAGGGCACAGACUAAAACAAUAUUAUGGUUCAUGUUCGGAGGCUACAUAGACUCAUGGACUGUGGUGUGGUAUAAUUGCUGUAACUUUGGAUGCUAUAUACUCGGCCCCACAGGAACCACAUUAUUGGCUGUGAACAGACAUCUGUCAUGGGAGGCCUGUGCAGUAGAUUGUAGGACUUUUUUUCUGUACUGUACACCUUUAAAAACUGUAAACAUACUGUAAUAAUACUGUUUCACACUGAGAUACGCUGGCUUGGCAGCAAACUGUAGUUUUUAAAAACAGUUUUAGUUAUUGUCAAGAGAGAAAACGGCUUUCCCCCCAAAGUAUGGUGAACCUACAACACCCUGACCUCUUCUCUUUGUCCCUUGAUUGUAUGACUUGACCCUUAUAUUAAAAAGUCACCUAUAGGACUGGUCCUCAACGCUAGAUGCAGUCCAAGCUGCAGUGUAAAUAUGAUGUUGUACAUUACACUUCUCUCUCUUUCUCGACUUCUGUUGCUCCUCACCAUUUUUAAUCAUCAAUGAUCCCGAAUCCCUUCAUUCCUCCACCCUCUCCCCCCCCUGUCCCCGCAUCAUCUGCACCACGCAAUGACUUUGACGCCCACCCGCUCCGUUACUUCAACCCCCCCCACCCCCCCCACUCUUUUGGGGAAGUUCGGGUAUAUCCACCGACUUUCUAUCGCCUCCCCCCCCCCCCCCCCAGAAAACUUUUAAAUUUCAGUUUGUGUCCAGUCUGGGUGUAGAGAAUAUUAACAGAAAUCAUGUCUGCGCUUUUAUUUGAGCUCCUUCACGAAUGACGAAACUUAACCUCGAUGAAGAAACCAGUUUUAAUUUUUUUUUUUUUUUUUUCCAGUGAUGCAAAUUCUGCAUAUUUGUAUUUCAGAUGAUGUAGCUAAAGACUUGAUGUAAAUUCCUUUUCUCCCCCUUUUUUUGGCUUAAUGAAUAUCAUUUAUUCAGUAUGAAAUCUUUAUACUAUAUG